UUAAUUUAUUAAAAACAACAGAUUUUCAAGUGGUUAAAGACCAAUUUCUCAGCAUGUCACUGUUUGAAAAACGGCAGUUCUACAAAUGCGGCUAUAAUUUCGUAACACUUGAGGAGAUUCCCAUUUGGUCAUCAAACAGCAUAAAUGAAAAAAUUUCCCUAUACACUGGCAGCAUAGUAGCGCUGGAAAUUGACGCCAUCGUAAACACAACUAGCACAGCACUUGGAAAUGGGCGAAACGGAGUGGACGGCUGCAUACACUUUGCUGCCGGGAAAAGGUACCUUGAAGCUGAAUGUCAGCAGCUAGGUGGCUGUGAGCGGGGCAGCUGCAAAGUGACCGGCGGAUAUCGGCUGCCGGCUAAAUACAUCAUUCACUCUGUGGGACCAAUUGGCGAGAAUGCCGACCUUCUUUCCGCCUGCUACACCAACGCUCUGGACACACUAAAAGAGCACGGACUACGAUCGAUUGCAUUUCCCACCAUCUCCACCGGCACGUACGGCUACCCGAAGGAGAAGGCUGUCCCGGUGGUGCUGAAGGCGAUUAGGCGGUGGCUGAAAACUUCGGACAACUUGGCCAGCAUUGAUCGCAUCAUCUUUGUGCGGUUCAGUUAUCAGGACAUUGCUCUCUACAAUCAGUACAUGCAUAAAUUUUUUCCGUUGUAA